AUGUUUUCUUAUAUUCGUAAACCAUCAUUACCAUCAAUCUCUAGUAUUAAUACAUCAUUUUCAUCAGAUAAUUUUUAUAUACCGACUAUUACUACAUCACAACCUACCAUUUUACGUCAAUUAGAUGUAUAUGAUUUUGAUGGAAUUCAUUCAACAGAUUUUAUGCAUGAAUGUUGUAUGCAACGAGAACCAUUCCGUAUUCCGAGACCAAUACUUACUAUACCACGUCCAACGAUACAUGUACCUAUAAAUAAUACAAUAUGGACACCUUGUACAAUACCUACAAGUGUACAACAAUCUUCUACAUCAUCAAGUCCAACAUCAAUAACGUAUCAUUCUGAACGACCAAUCUAUCAAAAUUUACCAUUAGAACCAUUAAUUCCACCACCUCCACCAGUUCCUACUCUAUAUCAAAUUGGUCCAUCUCCUUUUCAACGAAAAGUACCUAUUAUUCAACCAAUUAAACAAAAAAAAUCUUCACGUGAAAAACCUCCAGGUUUAUUUACAACUCUAUCUGCUGGUGGUUUAAGUACUGUUGCAGUACUUAUUUAUCUAACUGCUCUUCUUGCAUUGCCUAUUAUAAAACUUGUUUUAGGUAUUCUUUAUGUGCGAGAAUGUCCUGUAAAUAAGAAUAUUCCAUUAUAUAUGAUAAUUUCUGGUGUUUGUGGUUUAGUUAUUGUUAUUUUACUUGUUUUAUCAUCUGCUUGUACAUACUGUCGAUCUGUAUCGAAUGUAGAAAAGCCAACAUAUGGUUUUAUAGUAUGUACAAUAGCAUUAACACGUGGUAUGCAAGGUACUUUAGCAAUAUUUCUUUUUAUUUGGUUUUUAUUUGGUAAUAUUUGGAUACUUAAUGCUCGAUAUCGUGUUCGAACAGAUAAACCAAAUGAUAUAAAUAAUUAUUGUCAUCCAACACUCUAUUGGUUUGCAUUUUAUAGUUUAAUUUUUACUUAUGUUUAUGCACUUUUUACUUGUUGUAUUAAAUUUUGUGUAAAUUUUUUUUGUUGUGGUGCAUGUGAUGCAUGGCAUAAAGCAUUUUCAUAA